AUGCUAUUCAUCAGCACAGCUGUGGGAUGGCACGACCUGGAUAACAGCGAGUACGACUGCUGGCCGUUAGACAACCCGGACGAGCUCAAUAUGAUUGAUUGUGGCGGUCUUGAGAUGGCCUGGGUUUUAAGACCCCCUGAGAAGGUGUUAAGUGGUGAGGAGUUUAAUGUGAUAUACUCAGUGACAGUUAGAGAUGAGUUUUAUCAGUGGGCUGUGGACAAUGACGUCUUCAUACACAGGUCAAUUAAAGAUGCAACAGAAGCUAGAAGGUUCUGUGAAGAACAUGAGUGUCCCUCAAACUGGAAAGAUGCUAAUGGAGAAAACUGCUGCAUCCAUCAUGCCAACAUCCACUCCUGUCCUAUGGGAUACAUGGCAGAGGAGAGGAUCUGUGGACCUUGGAUUCCUGAUGAUGGUAGAAUCUUCACUCAUACCAUCUCCACUGCAGGCAAAAUGACCCAGACCAACUGGACUGCCAAGGUGGUGCUUUUUCAUGAGGGGAUGACCUCGCUCAUCGCCCACAUAAGGGUGGGAAACAUGCAGGUCGCUCUGGAGUCCAAGAGCUAUGUCCAACCCGCUAUCAUGUGUGGGGAUGGUGUGUGUGAUGAAGAAGAGGGCUGUUCUAAAUGUCCGGCUGAUUGUGGGGACUGUCCCCUCAGCGCUGCUAUACGAGCCACCAUCGGCCUGACUGUCACCAUCUUCCUCAUAAGUUUCUUCAUUACUGCUAUGUGGUUUAGGUAUCAGAAGCAGAAGCUGCUUUGGGAUGAAAGCUGGAUAAUUAACUACAGUGAGAUAAAACAAGACCACGUUGCCAGGGCGACCAUGGGGAGUAUAAUGAGUGUUCCGUUAGCGAACAGUGACUCAAACGCAAGCUGUGUGACAGCCCUCAGCUCCUGUACUGGAGUCACUGCGUCCCGCAAACAACUCUUCACACACACAGGCAUUUAUGAUGGACGCACUGUUGCCAUUAAGAAGAUUAGAACUAAGACAUUUUCUCUCUCAAAGACAAUUCGCCAGGAAGUCAAACAAGUCAGAGAGUUGGAUCAUCCAAAUCUCUGUAAGUUUUUUGGAGGAUGCAUAGAGGUCCCAAAUGUUGCUAUAGUAACAGAGUAUUGUCCCAAAGGCAGCCUCAAUGAUGUGCUUCUGAAUGAUGAGAUUCCUCUCAACUGGGGCUUCAGGUUUUCCUUCGCUACAGAUAUAGCCCGAGGCAUGUCUUAUCUCCAUCAGCAUAAAAUCUGCCACGGCCGUCUGAAAUCUGCCAACUGUGUCAUCGACGAUCGCUGGGUCUGCAAAAUCACAGAUUUCUGUCUGUGGACGUAUCGUCGGGAAGACUCUGCUGAACCGCUGAGUACAUAUCAACAGAGAGUGGUAGAGGUUUACACUCCACCUGAGGCCCACAACAACAACAUGGAGCCAACACUGGCUGGAGAUGUGUUCAGUUAUUCAAUAAUAUUACUUGAGAUAGCGACUCGAAACGACCCAGUUCCGGUAGAGGACAGCUCUCUGGAGUGUGCGUGGUGUCCCCCACUUCCUGAGCUCAUUUCAGGAAAAUCUGAGAACACCUGUCCGUGUCCUGCUGAAUAUGUGGAGCUGAUCCGGAGGUGCCGUUCCCAUAAUCCUGUUCACAGGCCCACUUUUGAACAGAUCAAGAAGUUUGUCCACAGAAUUAACCCUCACAAAGUCAGCCCAGUGGAUAUGAUGAUGAACCUGAUGGAGAAGUACAGUAAGCAUCUGGAGGUUCUGGUUGCUGAGAGGACUCAAGAUCUGAUGCAUGAGAAGCAGAAGACAGACCGACUUCUCUACAGUAUGCUGCCCAAACAAGUGGCUGAUGAUCUGAGACAAGGGAAGCCUUCUCAGGCCCAAAGUUACGUCAGUGCCACCGUCUUCUUCAGUGACAUUGUCGGCUUCACUCAGCUAUCAAGUACCAGUACGCCCUAUCAGGUGGUGGACUUCCUCAACAAGCUGUACACCACAUUUGAUGAAAUUAUUGACAAUUAUGAUGUCUACAAAGUGGAGACUAUUGGGGAUGCUUACAUGGUGGUGUCAGGUGUACCGCGGGAGAAUGGAAUCCUUCAUGCAUCUGAGAUUGCCAGCAUGGCUCUGGACCUGGUGUCCGUCUGCAAGACCUUUCGCAUUCCUCACAAGCCGAACAACCAACUGCAGAUCCGUGCAGGAAUACACUCAGGUCCUGUCGUGGCAGGUGUGGUGGGCACCAAGAUGCCACGUUAUUGUCUGUUUGGAGACACUGUCAACACAGCGUCACGGAUGGAGUCAACCAGUGAAGCUCUGAAGAUCCAGUGUAGCUCCAGUGCGUACUACUUGUUGGAGGAGAUUGGUGGCUACGUGCUCCACUGCAGAGGUGUUCUGCAGGUGAAGGGUAAAGGGGACAUGGUCACAUACUGGUUGGAGGGAAAGCAGACGGCACCGAUGAUUAAAGAGAAUAAGAAACCAGUAACAGUUCAGGAGCCUGAGAAGGAGCACUACGCCAAUAUCCCAGGAUGCCUAAAUCCCAACGACACUGACCCCCUGUUUGACCCUGCCUAA